AUGUGGUCGUAUGGCGAUCUUUGUAUUUACAAAUCCGCUCGUUCUGGUAACUCGUUUGGUUGCGUAAAAGAUGUUGACUGCGACAGCAAGCAAUUGCUCAUUAGCCCCUUGACCCAGGACGACAAAAUUGAAUGGGUGCCUGCUGCUUAUGCUGUCCCAAUCAGUAGUGAAAAGGCGUUAAGUUCAACUGAGCUGCAGGUCCGUCAGUUCGCCGGAAAAGUAUUUUCCGAAAGUGAGUCGGCCAAGUCGCUUUGGAAUGUCGGGGAUAUUUGUGUGUGCCGGUGGAGAGAAGACGGUGAAUGGUACUAUGCCGAAAUCGUCAAAAUUUUUCCCAGCACACAGACAUGCUUGGUCUCAUUCCUCUACUACGAGAACGCGGAGUCCGGCAUACGUUUGAGUAAUAUUUUCCCCGUUGAUGCACCCGAAGCUCGUCUGGUAAAGGAUGAAGAUAAUAUUCGGAUUGCGUGCGAUCGUCUCAGGCGCGUGGUAUCUGUUGAGGAACUGUGUCCGCAGCUCGAAUGCAUGAGCACAUCGGAAGCUGCGCAGCCAACACUCAUGGACUCCGACAGUCAGGUGAAAUGGGCGGGUGAAGGUGCCCCGCCGCCGCCACGGUCGGGUCCAGGCGAGCAGGAAGUUGGCGCUGCAAUGCCGACGGAAAAACCAGCUGAGCAGCCCAGUCUGCCCGUGCCACCACCACUCGCGCUGCCCCCGAACUGGCGCAGUCUGCUGCUUUCUUCUUAUGGCGACGACGAAACAGCUUUUCGGGCUCUUCUCACUUCCUGGUUCAUGUGUGGAUACUACACCGGGUAUUUCGAGGGACUGAAGGACGGGAAAUCUAAGUAA